ACUUGCCCUACGUUAUCGGGAACCUAAGAUUCUGAAAAGACAAGGAAAUGCAAAAGACAAUUUCCCAAUGCAGCUACCAACCGCUAUCCCUUUAAAACAGCUCAGUGAUGAGAGGAAUGGGGUUGGUUGGGGGAAUGGAGGAAGCAACUCCCUCGGGCCACCCACGUGAACUCGAAAUGGACGUGUCUAUAUCUCUCAGUGCCGCGCACCGAUUAGCCCCAACUCUCUCCCCCUUUUUUGGGUCUGAUUUGAUUUGAAAUGAUCGCAAAACACUCUCCUGCCAACUUGACCCAUAAUAUCAACCAAUCACACAAAUCUUCGACCCUUUAAACACCCACAACUCGCCUCAUCUUCUUCCACUGAAAUCGGAUUUCAUUUCUGGGUUUCUGGGUUUCUGGGUUACGUCUCUGAAUCUGAUCGAUUUUCUUGUCUUCCGGAUUGAGAUGGAGGAGAAGGAACAUAACCCAACUGAGAUCAACAGUUUCUAUGAGAUUUCCAAGAAAAGAAAACUGCCAGCUGAACACUUGGGCUUGCCUUCACCAAAACAUAAACACAGCAAUGAAGCCUCCCCUUCCAAAUCUGUCUUUCUUCAUGAUGGCCUACCCGAAACAGAGCUUAUGACUGUACAAUUCUCAAAGGGUAAUCCAAAUGUAAUUUGUAUCGACGAGGGGUUGACGCCUGAAUCGGUAAAAGACAGCAAUAGCUUCAGCGACGAGUCCAAUUCUGCGACGUCCGUGUUCUGUGGAGCAAAAUUGGAACUGAACCAGGCUUUAUCUUGCACACGUGAUAGUUCUGAAAGCACCCAUUUCUGUGUUGGAAGUUCCACAGCAAUGGAAUCGAGCUCGACCGAACAGGAAGUAGCGUUUGCGAGAGGGGAGAACCAAAUGGAAGCAAUUCACAAAAUUCAGGAGCAUAUGCUAGUAUUGGAUAGCCAUGAAGAACAUGUAAAUGAUGAUCUUGAGCAAUGUACAGAGCAGGAACUUGAGGAUCUUUUCCGUUCGAAUGGGUUGAACCCGAAUACAUAUGUUCUUUCGUCUGGUAGAUGGACAGUAAACCACGAAGCUCAAUCAAGAGAUAGAACACCGACGAUCGAUCGAGAAUUCGAGCAGUUCUUUUCUAUGUUGAUGCUAUAAUCGUGAAUGCUCGUUUGACUACGAGUUUACAGAAACAACAAAAUGAAGAAUCGAAGCGAGAAAAGAGGAGAGAUUCAUGAAGAGUUUAUACAACAACAGGUUUUAUUUGUUCUACAGAAAACAGAGUAAAGGAAGCCCACUCUGUUUCCUUAAAACAGAGCACACACGACGAAGAGGGAUAAAGAAAGGAAUCUGGGGAUGUUUUAAGUUUACAAA